UUUUUCUUGGCGAUUCGUAGAGAAACCAAAAGGGAGAUUUUGAUAAAGCUGCAACGGGAUACGGGAAAAAAGACUGCUUCUGUCCGUGGAAGGUGUGGUUCAAGGCGUCUUUGCAGUCAAGAUUCGUUCAAAUAGGAGAUAUCUCUGUAAACUUUUGGCAUCUCAGUUCUAUUUCAGCUAAUUAACAUGGAGAAACAAGGAGAUGGAUUGCGUGGUAUUGAUCCAUAUAAGACAACUGAGACACUGGAACCUGAGACCACAGAUGGUGGGGGGUUACACAUUCCUGUGAAAGAUAGACCAACUUAUAGAGCUCCUGAGAAAAAAUCUCGUUUAGGAUUAGAUGUUCGUGCAAGUGAAAAACGGGAAGUUUCUAGGGUUGCUGGGGGAUUCAAGGUCCCGAAGGAGAGAGUUGCUUCAGUUGCAGCAUCUAUCAAUGAGGAAGAGAAAUUUGAAUCUUUUGGAACAGAUGAGGCCCGAAGUAUCGGUAAACAAAGUCAUUUCAGCAGGCAAUAUCGCGAAAAGUUUGCAAGUUCUCAAACUUGGGAAGAAGAUACUGUGACUGUGUCAGGACAAAUUAGUAAUAAAUCUGAAGCUGCUCAAUCUUUGCAGUCCAAUCUUACAGCAUCAUCUGUUGGAAGUUCUCGUAGUGUCUCAUAUAGGAAUUCUAGUUAUGAGAGGUAUGAUCGAGAUGGGGAGAGAAGAGAUCAUAGAGAUGAUAGGAAGAGUGAAAGCACAAAAUCAAGACAAAGAUUUUAUGAAGACAGUGAGGAGCGCUAUCAUGGACGAGAGUCACGUCAUAGAUACGAGCAAGAGCGUGUUGGAGAAUAUGGAGGAAAACGUCGAAGAUAUGAAGGUGCAAGGAGGACACCUGGUAGGAAAUGCUUUUCAUUUGAAGUAUUUUAG